CUCACCUUCUGAGGACUCUGGGCCCGAAGACCUCCCAGAGGCCCUGCUAAGAUGGCCACGGGUGUGAGGAAUGCCCCAAACAACGUGAUCUUCAAGAAGGUCUCCCGGGACAAGUCAGUGACCAUCUACCUAGGGAAGAGGGACUACAUUGACCACGUGGAUAAGGUGGAGCCUGUGGAUGGCGUCGUGCUGGUCGAUCCUGAGCUGGUGAAAGGGAAGAAAGUCUUUGUGACGCUGACGUGUGCGUUCCGCUACGGCCAGGAAGACAUUGAUGUCAUCGGCCUGACCUUCCGGAGAGACCUGUACUUCUCCAAGGUGCAAAUUUACCCUCCCGUCAGCACGGCCAACAAGCCAACCAAGCUGCAAGAGAGCCUGCUGAAGAAGCUGGGGAGCAACGCCUACCCUUUCCUUCUCACGUUUCCUGACUACUUGCCCUGCUCAGUUGCUCUUCAACCGGCUCCUCAAGAUGUGGGCAAGUGCUGCGGAGUGGACUUUGAGGUGAAGGCGUACGCUACAGAAAACACAGAAAUAGAAGAGGAAAAAGUGCCCAAAAAGAGCUCCGUCCGCCUGCUGAUCCGCAAGGUGCAGCACGCCCCUCCCGAGCUGGGCCCGCAGCCCCAGGUGGAGACCGCCUGGCAGUUCUUCAUGUCCGACAAGCCCCUGCACCUGGCCAUCUCCCUCAGCAAGGAGAUCUUUUUCCAUGGGGAGCCAAUUCCCGUGACCGUGACUGUGACCAACAACACGGAGAAGACCGUGAAGAAGAUUAAAGUGCAAGUGGAACAAGUCGCCAACGUGGUCCUGUAUUCGAGUGACUACUAUGUCAAACCUGUAGCCAUGGAGGAGGCCAAUGAAAAAGUGCCACCAAAUGGAGUCUUAACGAAGACACUGACCCUUACCCCCUUGCUCGCUAAUAACCGAGAAAGGCGGGGCAUUGCCCUGGAUGGAAAAAUAAAGCAUGAAGACACGAACUUGGCCUCCAGCACCAUCAUUAAGGAGGGCAUAGACCGAGCAGUGCUGGGCAUCCUGGUGUCUUACCAGAUCAAAGUGAAGCUCACUGUCUCAGGCUUUCUGGGCGACCUCACCUCUAGUGAAGUGGGCACCGACCUGCCGUUCCGCCUCAUGCACCCCCAGCCUGUGGAUCCAGCCAAGGACAGCUCAACGGGUGAGGAUUUGGUCUUUGAGGAGUUUGCUCGUCAGAAUCUGAAAGACGGGGCUGAAAAUGAAGAAGAAAAAAAAGAGGGGCCGGAAAACGAUGAAUGAACGGUGUUGGCGGGGAGAUCGCUGCCACGUAGGAUUGUAGCUCUAGUUCAGGAAAAGGCCAUCAAGGUCAUUUAGUGCAACCGCUGCAUUUUACAGAGGAACAGCUGAGGCCCCAUGUUUUCCUUCAGUGUCAGAAAAGUAGAACAGACUUCAUUAAGCAGAGUUCUAAUCUCCUCUAUUCCUUAAGAGACAAACCCCAUUAAAGAGGUCCCCUAGGUAAACUAAGUCAGCUUGUAGAUCGAACCAAUUAGAGGCUCAGCGUGUGCUCAUUUGAGUGGGAAGAUCUGCAAGAGAACUCAAUGAACAUAAACACCAGGAAACAAAUGAACCCAGGAGUCCAAAGAGCAUCUCUAGGCAAGAAAAUCAAGUUGAGGGAUUUGCUCAGUCUCCCACCCCGGCUGCCUCCAGAGCAGCCAUCCAGGCCAGCACGGAAAGCAGAAGAGCCAAUCAAAGGGUAGAAGUAGUGUGUCCUGUGUGAGCUCCCCUUCCUCAAUGCUCAAAUAAAGAAAGUUCCAAU